CUUAGAGUCGCCGCAGCCAUGGCCAGCCAGUCGCAGGGCAUUCAGCAGCUGCUGCAGGCCGAGAAGCGGGCCGCCGAGAAAGUGUCGGAGGCCCGCAAGCGAAAGAACCGGAGGCUGAAGCAGGCCAAAGAAGAAGCUCAGGCUGAAAUUGAACAAUACCGUCUGCAAAGAGAGAAGGAGUUCAAGGCCAAGGAAGCUGCGGCUCUGGGAUCCCAUGGCAGCUGCAGCACCGAAGUGGAGAAGGAGACCCAGGAGAAGAUGACCAUCCUCCAGGCCUACUUCCAGCAGAACAGGGAUGAAGUCCUGGAUAACCUGCUGGCCUUUGUCUGUGACAUCCGGCCAGAAAUCCAUGAAAACUACCGCAUAAAUGGAUAGGGGAGGAAGGAUCAGCUCUGCGUGCAGAUUGGCAUGUUAGAUGCCUUCAUGGAAUACGAAGCUUUAGCAAAGCUUGAGUAGUUACAUCCUUGUGAAAAGGCAUUAAAUUAUUUCUGUGUAUCACGUAGUAGGUCCCUUCACUUCUUGGAGAAUAGCAAAUCUAGCUUCUUUGUACAAACGUAGAGGUUAUCCAAAGAUUUUCUCCUUUUACCUCAUGUUUCUUAGAAAUUUAAUGUGUAUACCUUGUCUGUUUUCCUAUGCCUUUUAGUUCAAGCAACAUAUGUAUCAAUACUUUUUCUUUCUUAGAUGUAG